UGUCUACUUACCACUUGUUUAAUUUGAAUAUGCAGCGUGCCAUGGUCAGAAAAGCCUCAAGGGCUACUUGGAUUCACAUUUGUAUGUUGGCCUUCGUGAGCCUGAUCCCCAUGACGUUCGUGGGCCGCUCAGGAUCCUCGCGCAGCAGGUCCAUUAGCAGACUUGCGGGUGAAGGUAAGAAAGAGCUUGUUUUCCUGGAUGAGAAGGACUACCUGCGGCUCUUCCGCUUAGAGCUGGAGGAACAUGCUAAGAGGGCGUUGUUCCGCAGGACGAGGCGCUUCUUGCCUUUUGAAGACUGUGUGAAGUGGGUCCGUGCCAUGGGCUAUUGGGACAGCCAGCAAGAGUGGGAAGAGUGGAUUGCGCUGGGCGAGAAGCGGAACCCAUACAUUCCAACCCGCCCGGAUGAAUACUAUGGAAAGCUCGGGCAGUGGAAAGGCUGGAGCUACUUCUUGGGAUCGAAAGAAGGCAAGAAGAACAAGUGAGAACAAGAAGGAAGAGCUGCAAUGUGUGCAACUUGAGGAGGCCACCCGUAGAUGGACCUUCCAGCUUUUAAAGAGGAAUUUGAUGGUGCAUCUAUGUCAUUCCAUUGCGGCCCCUUUUGACCUCUCAGGAUAUCCUAACCUAUAUGAGAAAUGUGUGAUCUUUACUGGCAUCCCCUUGAUAUUUGGUCUCAAGAGUCUUAAGAGGCUUCAGCAAUCCAUUUCCUGAAUGUCCAGCGCACCGCUAGCAUGAAAUGGUUGAAUUCUGAGGGUUCAGAUAUGUUCAGAUCCUCGAACCCUAUGUGCAGGGUAGAUAGGUUCGAUGCAGGCUUCAUACUCAAAUGAGAUAUGGACCUGCAGGGUUGGGAGGGGGUUCUCAGUAGCCCAGUAGCUCAGCGGAGUGAUGUUCCGUACCUGCGCGGAGCAUUGGGGAACAUGCACGAGCGAUGUGUGUUUGACUUUUUCAGUUGAUCGACGCGGUUGGGGUCCAGCAGAUCGGCUUGGGAGACUUGGAAAUGUACUGUUGGAAAAUGAAGUGAAGCACAACCCCAGGAGCCCUUGCAGAAAAGGGAAUGGGAAUGCAUAGGCAUAGGAGCGCUCUCAAACCAUUUUAGUUCCUUGUGCUAGAGCACAAGUCAGCCAGAUGGCGGAUCAAGUCACCUCG